AUGGCGCCGGCGGCACCGCACCGCCCGGCCCGGCCCAGGCUCCCUGCCUCGCGCGCCCUGCUGGACGCCUCCUGCCUCCCGCGCCACGCAGCCGAAGGGGGUCGAGCAGCGCAGCCUCCGCGCCUCCCUCCCCUCUGCUCUGCUCUGCUCUCCCUGCAGCAGGCCCGGGAAGGGCGGUCUCUGCGUGCUGCCGCCGCCAGGCGCGCCCCCGAGCGCCCCGCCGCCGCCUCGCAGCAGGAGCAGCAGGAGGGCCGCGCUUGGGCCGCUUCCAGCCGGGGAGGAGGACGGCCGGCCGGCCGCGGCAGCCCCGCUCUGCUGACUCCGAGGCGCGGCGAGGACGGGAGCUGCCCCAGGGGGCCACUGGCUUCCCCCGCCCCGCCAGCCAGCCAAAGGCCCAGGCGCCUUGCAAGAGGCCCGCCGCCACCCGAGAAAUCUUUGGAGGAGGGUAAGAAAGUGAAAGAGGAAAUACUAACACUGAAGGAAUCCUUAAAGAGCAAGGUUUCUAAUAAUACGUGGGAGCUGUACAUGAAAGAGUUAGAAGGGAAAGUUAAGGCUUUUGAGAAGAAAUUAAGAGAAGUUAAACAAACCCAGAAGAAGAGUCCCAACCGGCCAAGGAGCCCGCCCAGGCAGCCCCCAGGACGCCGCCCCCACCCCGCUCCUGAGACCUCCCGCAGCAGCCCCGGCGAGGGGGGAGAAGGAAACCUGAGGCAGGCCUGUCCCGCCCGCUCCCGCUCCCACCCCCGGCCUCUGCUCUCGUCCGCCCGGCCUGCCUGCCAAGGCGGCGGCGCACCUGGCCCAGCCCUGCCCUGCCCAGUGCCCGCGGGACCUGCUCGCCUCUCCCCUGCCUGCGCCAGCCUCCCCCGGGAGGAGAAGCUGCGAUGGAAACUGCCGAGCAGGCAGAAGCCGCUCCGAGCGCCUCCUGGCAACUGGGCUGGCCCCCCCUCGGCCAGAGACCCCUCCCCCGGGAAGCCCGCCCGGCCUCCCCGACCUUGCGGCCCCUGCUGCUGCGCCUGGCCAGGGGGGCUCCAAGCCUCCCCCCCCCCGCAGUGCAGAGCGCACAGCCCUCCACGGGAGCGGCCCCAGCGGCGCCAGAGAACGGCCCUCUCUCUAAACCACUUGCGAGUCUUCUGA